AUGAAUUUAUUGCCGAAGCGUGGGACCGAUUUCGCCAAGAAAGACUACUGGACCGACUUUUUCAACAAAAGAAAAGACCCCUUCGAGUGGUAUGGCUCCUACAUGGAACUGAACGAGUACUUCAUCAAAUACGUCAAGCCGGAAGACGAAAUCCUCAUGGUCGGCUGCGGCAAUUCGGAACUCUCCGACGAGCUGCACGACAUGCAGAAGUGCAAACUCAUCACCAACAUCGACAUCUCCGAAAACGUCAUCAAACGAAUGCAGAAAAAGGCCGAAGAGUCGAAGCGACAGAUGAUUUACGAAGUCGGCGAUGUUACUGAACUCAAGUACAGAGACCAGCAAUUCAACUGCGUGAUCGACAAAGGCACCUUGGACGCGAUGAUGGUGGACGACAGCGACGAGACGUGUCAGCUGAUCGCGCGGAUGUUCGACGAAAUCGGCCGCGUGCUCAAGUCUGGCGGGCGCUACAUCCUCAUUACUCUGGCGCAGGAACACAUCGCCAAGUUCGUGGCGCAAGAAUUCGAGCUGCGCAAAGGCUGGAUGCUGCGCCUGCACGAGCACAUUCCCUCGGGCAGCGAAGACGGCGUCAUUCCACUGCCCGUCUUCGUCAUCGUCCUCACCAGAUUGAGAUACAAGGACGGAACCGCUCCGGACAAGCUGAUGGAGAUAUUCCCAGCGGUGGAAGCGCACUCGAACCCUAAACCGAUGAGAGCAUACACCGCGGAUGAAAUCUCGGACUUUUGCAAAAGCAGACAAGAAUGGAGCCAGCUCAAGGGCUUGGUCUCGAGAACGCUGCAGUCAGAAGUGCAUUUCUCGAUGUACAGCAAAGGCAGCGACGUGCCUCGCUUCGACCUGUACGUAGUGGACGACAGCCGAGGAGUGAGAGACAUGGCUUUUUUCAUCGUGGCGGCUGGGCGCGAGUUCGACUGGAGCUACAGUAGUCCGCAAGGGCGAAAGCAGUUUCUGAAUGAGCUGAGAGACAUGACAGGCGGCGGUUUCAAGCGAAUGGUCUAUGUUUUGAAGAACAUGGUCCACUCGUACGGAAACAACGAUCAGGUCAAGGAAGAGCUCUCCUGGCUGGUGAAAGAACUCAAGCACAGAAAAUGCUACGACCGGCAGAUUCCGUUUUUGACGGAGGGCGAGGACCAGGCGAGGAGCUACGUCGCUUCCGGCAAAAGCGAACUCUCCGGCGAGUACAUCAUCGAGGAGUCGAAGGCGAGAGGGCAGGACGGAAGCGAGUGCGCCUACAGAAGACUCAUUUUCAAGAACCAGCCCACUUUGGUCCAGUCAGAGUGCAAAGUAAAGAUGGAGUUUGAACGCGUCAAAAAAGGCAAAAAGAAAAUAACGAAACUGAGAAGGAUAUUCGACAAGAGCUACGUCGCUUCGGAGUACUACUACGGACUCGUCUCGGCGCUGGACAUGAUCGCCAAGAACGUAAAAGAACCGAAAGUGCUGGUAAUCGGCCUUGGCGGCGGCGUUUUGUCGAACUUCCUGGAAGCGCGAUAUCCGGCCGCCGCGUUGACUUCCGUCGAAAUCGACCCCGUCAUGGUGAAAAUUGCGAGAGUGUACUUUGAUCUGCCGGAGACCUGCAACGUCGUCGUCGCGGACGGGCUUAAAUUUUUGGAGGAAAGGAAGGAGCAAUACGAUCUGAUCAUUUUGGACGUCGAUCAGAAGGAUCCCUCGCUUGCCUUGAGGUGUCCUCCUGAGCCGUUCAUCACAGAAUCGUCGCUAGAAAUGUGGAAAAACGGGCUGCGCGAAGGCGGCGUGCUGGCAAUCAAUCUCGUCUGCCGCCACUCGGAGCAGCGAGUCGAGAUCGUCAAGCGCUGCGAAAAAGUGUUCAGCACGGCGAUCGUCGGAAACUGCACAGAGGGCGACAUCAACAAGACGCUCCUGCUCUCGGCGAGCAACAUUCGAAAGCCACUCGCCGAGGCUGUGAAAGCAGCGACGUGGCAAAGCGAGCAGGACUCGCAGUGCGUCGCCAGAAUGUUCCAGAGUUUGCGAUUUUAG